AUGGAAGCCCUGAGUUUGAAGCUGCGUCAGUGGUGCAGUCGACAGCCUGGAACGUCGGAAGCCUCGGCUUUCAGUCAGGACUGCAAUGGCCUGCUUGGCCUUGCACCCACCAACCCGGGGUCCUUGGGCAGAGUGGCUUCUGGACCUGUGCCAGCCUUGGCGCCGCUUGCGACAGCUGUGUCCGCUUUGAAAGGUUUUCUGCAUGAGGCUGCUCGCGUGGCUUCUCAGUUUGCUACCCGACAGACGAAUGUAGUGUCACCAUACAUUGGAGGAGUUGUUGGCGCGCCUGAUACGACCGCAUCAGAUGGCUGCAAAACGCGAAGUUUUUCCAUUGGCACGCUCAAUCCUGGACGCUCCGGGCUGCUCUCCCUGCAUACGCAUGAGGUGAUUUGGUGGAGGCUGAUUCGCAUUGCUAAUAAGUUAGUCACGCACCAGAUUGACUUUUGUUUUUUACCAGCCUGGAGAUGGCCGCCAGGAGCCGAGAUCCCGGAAGAUCUAGGGUUUCGGAUGCUUGGCACUGCGAAUGCCAAAUGGGCCUCGAUUGGUGCCCUUGUGAGUAUGCGAAUUGCUCCCCUUGUGCACCAACUCGACGCUUUCACGACUGAUCGAACCUUGUGGUUGGCAGUAAAUUUAGGUGGUGACUCUGCUUACAUACUGGGAGGCUUUUAUGCUGCACCUGGCGGAGACAUAGAAACGUGGUCGCUCCUUCUGCAACAGCUUGAAACCAUCUCGGCAACUUUCCUUGGAGUCCGUAUUGUCCUGGCAGGAGACGCAAAUGCGCACUUUUCAAAGAUCGUGAAGCAUGAGUCGCGCUGUAACUGCCUUCAUUGCAAGCAGACCCCCAGAGACAGACAGAUUGAAGCGAUGGUAGCAGCCUCGGGCCUUGCCGUGCUCAACGACGACACCCCCACGCCUGAUUCCGGGACGAUUAUAGACCUCAUCUUAGGGACCCCCGAUGUUUGCACUAAAGCUGUCGUGCACCCUGAGACUCUCGGUGGCUCCGAUCACCGUCUUGUGACGGCUCGAUUGGGAGCAGUACCAUGCUCCGAGCAGUGGCAGCCUGACGCGCGUGUUCAAUGGUCUCAUGGACACCUUUGGACUGAGGCUUUGUCAUCAGUGCAAGAAUCUACUCAGGUCAUCCUCUCUGCUGUUGAAGAGGCCAUCUCUGAGGUUUGUGAAACCCCGACCUUGCCAGUUAAGCGACGGAGAGCCAUACUGGAUGCAGCCGCUUGGUGUAGGGAAGUCCUCGUUGCUGUGGCAGGGCACCUCCAUGGGCUGGUAGCUGUGACGGUUACCAGAAAGAAGAAACGUCAGUUGACUGAGCCAAUUGCCCCCCUUCGCUUGGACAACUUGCAAGUCUCUAGAGCUGUUGCCGCUGCACAGUUGACUGCGCGGCAGAAAUUUGCUGCCUUUUGUGCCGAGGACCCUGCUAAGGCUGAUUCUUUUUUGUCUGGGUUCUUUAACCGGUCACGCCGUUUUGAAGUCGCCUUGGUCGAUGAAGAGACACAGAAGACUUUAGGACCAUUCCAAACUUCAGAGGUCAUUGCUGCAGACAUGAGUGCCAGGGCGAAUAACAAAUUUCCUGUUGACGAUGAAGGCAGGAAAAUCCUCGUUGACCUGGUUGCCGAUAUUCGCGCGGCGGGCGCACCGCCUACCGGUGUACCAGGUGUCCAGCAGUUACCAUCAACCACGACAGCGCAACUACCCCGAUUGUAUUCGCAAGACGAGUUCCGAACUUGCCUGACGAAGAUUUGUGCCUCCAAGAAGUCGGUUCACACGCCGUUGGCUGCAGUCAAAGCUGGUUCAUUGGUAACUGAUAGCUUAGCACUGCAGCUCUGCAAUUUGGGCAGAGCCUGUGGUCUGACAGCUGCUGCUUGGAGCACUCGGCACAUUUCGCCCAUCCGCAAGGCAGGACCCCAGUUAGUCACUUCCAUCGCAAAUUUGCGUCCUGUGAGUCGGGCGAGCGACAUGUCGGCCAUCCAGGAUGCAUUGUGGUUAUCUCGUUGUAAGCCUUUCAUUGAGAAAUAUACCGGUGAAUGCCAAUUAGGCGGGAGGUAUGACUGCAUCGCAAUCAUUGUGGCGUUGGUGCUCCAUGCCCAAGUUCGUCAUUACCAGGGAUUGCUCACAUAUUUUCUUUUUGCAGAUCUUAAGUGGGCGUUUGAUGUGGCUGACGUGAACUUGAUGCUCUUAACGUGCUAUGAGGCUGGCAUUGUGGGCCUUGAUUGGCAGAUGCUUGAUGACUUCUUUAGGCAAGAUGUUGCCGCAGUGGUAGUCGGAGGAUGCCUUUCGGCACUGCUGAAGCUACCGGCUGGGAUUCCUCAGGGUCGUCGGUUUAGCAUGCAUGCGUUUAUGGCAUCUAUGAAAAUCUUGCAGACUACGAUGGAGGCUGUAGCUCAUACGUCGGCCACCAUCUUGCCGGAUUUUGCACGGGAUGCACUGGAAGGGACGUGGCUGGCUCUUACGCCUGCGCCUCCUCCCGAGCUUGUACCUCAACCGAUUUGCAUCCGUACGAUCGCGCGUGCCCUGCAACAAUGCUUAUUCUCCGGCGACGAACUGAACGCGAGAAGGUUGGCAAUACAUGUGUUGCCCCUUCUCCCGUCCUUUCGUGAGAGAUCACAAGCCUUGGAAUCCAUGGGUCUAGGUUGUUUGGGACCUCUCCUUUUUGUGGAUGAUGUUGCAGCGCCGUACCCAGAUGCAGCAUCUGUGGAUGCUGUCCUCCUGCAGGGACUAGAGACUUUUGCUAGAUUAGCCCGUGCUUCUUUCAAUUUCGGCCCCCAGAAGACGGCAAGUAUGGCUUGUUUCGAAGCACCUGCUGCGCGCGAACAUGUUCCUGUUUAUAAGCUGCUAGGCGUGGAGCUGGACAAGGACUUGACGUUUAGCCACAGGCGGUUGAAGCCCUCGAGGUCCCAAGACGGCUGGAACCGCUGGGUUUCGGUCCAUGGCACACACUCCCCAUUUGGCAAAUUGGACUUCUUCCCCUCCAUAGUGGCAAGCUGGAGCACAGGGGACUGUGAUGGAGGAGAUCGCACAAGCCGCUACUUUAUGGGCCUCGCCGCUCAGGGUGAAAGAGGGGGACAAACCGUGGAGUUUGAUGGCAACAAGCCAGACGAGGAACAUCAGACAGCCAACUUGGACGGCAGAGCUUUCCAAGUUUUGCUUGCUAUGGAUGAAAGAAAGCGAUGCCGCAAGAAUCAAGUGCUCGUGUUGGCGACACAGGUGCGUGGCACCCUUGCAGUUGCAGAGUGUGGGUGGAGCCUUCGGCUGGGUACAGCCAUGCUCGAAAAAGCUGUUCUUUUCUACAACAAGUUGCUUCUCCUGCCGGCAAGUCACCCUGCUAAUAAGAUGUUGAAACUUGCUUUGCUUGCGCCGUGCGACACUUGGGCACGGCGAGUCCAGGCCAUUAUGUCUGACCCUCGCCUCCCCGGUCCAAUCCCAGACAUCUUUGCUGCACGUGUAAUUGAUGUCAAUGAAGAGCGCCUGGUCUUCACUGAUAGUACUGUACGUCGGAGAAUACUGCGCAAGUACAAGUGGGAUGUGGUGCGGCCUGCCGUGCUGCAUCUGGAUUCAGCUGUUUUUCGCAGAGAUGCGAGAAAGGAGUUGCCAGGCAUUCGUGCUUCGUAUGAGGAUCUAGGUUGUUUCUCCAAAACUGCCAUCAGCCUGUUGCUUGUCAACGACGUAUCGUGGAGAUUUGUCCGCAUCUGGUAUCUGAUUAAACUUACAGGGGCAUGGCCUAUGGGACUCUUUGACGUCGAGACGCAGAUGGGCGAGUUACCUUUCUGUAGGUUGUGUGGAUGCAGGAAUAUUGCGACCUUCCAUGUGUUGGGGGAAUGCAGGGAUGGCCGCAGCAGGCCGAUUUCUGCGCCAGCUGUGCCGGAUCUUUUCCGAGAGCCUGCCAACCACGGCGACUUCUUACAGCAUGUAACCUUCGUAGGUUCGCAAGUUGAAGCUCAGAUCCGUUGGCACCUGUGUCAACAGAACGAUGAACGGGAUGAGGCCCGCAUGGAUGCUUGGACCAUGGAUUUCGAGAGAGGCGGUCACGAGCACUGA